AUGACAAGAGAACAACCACCAGCUAUUUUUUACGUCAACGCCGCUUUGUUUGACUGUGACGGUACUUUGGUUAACUCCACCGGUGCCAUUUCUGAAUUCUGGAGAGAAUUUGGAAAGACUAGACCACACUUUGAUCCUGAAGAGGUUAUUAGAACUUCUCAUGGAUGCCGUACAUUUGACGUUAUCAAGAAAUGGUCUCCAGAAGAUGCUAUUGAAGAACAGGUGACGCAAUGGGAAGGUGAAAUCCCUGACUCUUUUGGUCAUCAUGCUAAACCUAUCCCAGGUGCCGUUGAAUUGGUCAAAUCAUUUGAUAAAUACUCCAAAGAAGAAAGUGAUGAUGGAAGACAGAGGUGGGCUAUUGUCACUUCUGGUACUUUGCCAUUGGCUACCAAAUGGUUGAAGUUGUUGACGAUUAAGAAACCAGAUACUUUUAUCACUGCUGAAAAAGUCACCAAGGGUAAGCCACAUCCACAAGGUUAUAUGAAUGCCAGAGAAAACUUGGGUUUUGGUGCCAACCACGCCAAAGUUGUUGUGUUUGAAGAUGCUCCAGCUGGUAUUUCUGCAGGUAAGGAUGCCGGUGCUAUGGUUGUUGGUAUUUGCUCAACUUAUGAUGCUGAAAAAGUGAGAAACUCUGGUGCCAACAUUGUUGUCAAGGAUUUGACCAGUUUCCACAUUGAUUCAUACAACAAGGAAACCGAAGAGUUUAAAGUUGUUGUCGAUGAAUACUAUUAUGCUGAUCCACAAUAUAUUGAAAAUACCGCUUAG